GGGGCGCGCGGAAUUCGGGCCCCGGGAGUUAACGAAGGUGUUGGGCGCGCCUGUCCUCUGAGGCUCCGCCCCGCUCCUCUCCGGCCCGGCUCUUGCCGGAGCCCUCUGCUUUUGCCAGCCCUGUCAAACCUCAGCCCGAGCGUGCGCGCGGGGACCGGGUGGGGUGGGGGUCCCGUGGAGGGGGCCUGGGGCAUUGCCUGCACUGUAGAGGUUUGUAUUGCCUGAGGCAGGGGCACGGCACGCUGAGAUUGUCCGGCACUGAUUGAUCCGAAAUUAGGCUGCCCGGGCUGGGGGGACCCGCGUUUGCGUUGCUUCGGAAGCAGUAGGACCCCAGGUUUGCACUGCACUCCAGGGGGGAGGGAGGCCAAGUUGUUGUCCCCCUCGGUUUGCAUUUGUUCAUCUUUCAUUGCACUGGCUGAGUGCCUUCCAGAUUUGCACUGCACUGAGAAUGUACAUCUAGAGUUGAACUGCACAAGAACUGUACUCCAAGUUUGCAUCAGAACAUCUCUCAAUUUUUAUUUGCCCAAGGGUAGAAAGAGCUAUGUAUUCCCUGACUUUAGGAGGGGGUCCAUAGGGGAAAGCCCCUCCCCCCAUGUUGCCCUGCUUCCAGCUGCUUCGCAUGGGGGUUGGGAGGGGUGGAGAUCUCUAUACUUUUCACCCCCCAACUGGGGCUGGCUGUACCUACCACUUGGGCCUCAGGGCUGAUCUGUGUGAUGUGGCCCUUCGGCCCCAGUGUGAGCCUGUCCUCAUCUCCCCGGUCCAUGCCAAGCUGCAUGCUGAAGGCCAAGGUGACGACUGGAGAGUCAGCCUGGAGGACUGCAGUAGCUAUGGCACCUUGGUCAACAAUAUCCGGCUCCCCAGGGGUCACCAACUGCAACUGAAUGAUGGUGACCUCCUAACCUUUGGCCCUAAGGGGCCUGUGGGGGCCAGCCCUCCUGAGUUCUACUUCAUGUUCCAGCGAGUCCGAGUCCGCCCCCAGGACUUUGCUGCUAUUACUGUCCCCAGAGCUGGGGGCGCAUCAGGAAGUGAAGGUGGUUUUUGGCCUGUGCUGCCCCCUUGGGGGGCCCCACAGCGUCCCCUCAGCACCCUCUCCCCUGCUCCCAAGGCUACCCUGAUUCUCAGCUCCAUUGGCAGCCUCAGCAAACUCCAGCCUCAGCCCCUUACAUUCUCCAGGGCCCAGGGUGGAGGUCAGGCCGUGACUUUUCCUGUGACCUUUAGGGAGGCGGGGGCCACCCUUCCCACCCCACCUCCAGCCCCGCGGAACCGGCGGAAGUCGGCACACAAGGUGCUGGCUGAGCUAGAGGAUGAGGGAGGAACUGAGGAGAGCCCUCCCAGAGUUCUGGCUGAAACCAGGAAGAAGCCUCGAGGAAUGAAGAUUCCAGUCACUCCCUGUGGAAAGCGACGUGGCCGUCCCCGGAAGUACCUGUCAUCUCGGACUUCAGUCCCCCCUCCAGUUGGGGGAGGGGAGCCCUGUGCAGCCCCCAGCUGCCAACCACCCCAGGAAGAGACAGUGGCCUGGGUCCAAUGUGAUGGCUGUGAUGAGUGGUUCCAUGUGGCCUGCGCAGGUUGCAGCUACCGGGCUGCCCAAGAGGCUGACUACCGCUGUUCUAGUUGCCAAGCCUAAGGUGAUGGAAAUCGGUUAAAAAAGUUCAUGGCAACUUGCUGCUGCUUCAUGGAAAUGGGACCCAAAAGCCAGGGGUUGGAUAUGGUAGGAGUGAAAGGGGUUCUGAAGAGAUACUCUCUACUUCCCUUCCCAGGAGGAAAGACUUCCAGGAAGGAAUUACUAACUGACUAAGGGACCUUAGCAGUCCCCCAAAGUAACAUGGAGAAAAGUGCCUUUUGGCUGUGGUUGUUGUAUCAAGGAGUGUCCAGUUGCUAGAGAACAUGGAACUGAUUCCAGGGUCCUGUUGCUCCCAGAUGCCAUAUGCCUGGGACCAGAGUUAGCCAACUCUGGAAGUCAAGACCAUGUCAGAUGAAUGGCUUCAGGAACCCUAAAAUUGGAUGAGAAAGAUUUCGGAGGGCCAUUUACAGUACUUCCCUGGGAGAAUCUGGAAAACUUCAGGUUUGGCUGUGAGAGGGCAGGGAAAAGGAGAAAAAAAAAGUUCCAGUAUGACUCUGAUUCCUCAAAUAUGCUGCUUCCAUCAUAACAGCCUACCCCAAAGCUCUACUGGCCAUUAUGUCCAGUUCCCCAAUUUUUGGUCUUUUCUGAUCUGCCCUUUCUCCUUCCUGCUUAUUUCCAAAUAAAGAGCCAGCUGCUGA